AUGGAAGUUGGCAGGAAAAUAAUCGACAUGCUCUGGCUGGAAGAGCAUGGUUUAAAUCUUAAAGAAACUGAGCUGUGCCUUGGCCUGCCUGGUGGAGGUGAAAGUGAGUCCAUCAAGAUUACUGGAAAAAGAGGAUUUUCUGAGACCGUUGAUCUUAAGCUCAACCUUCAACCCAAUGAUUCAGAUUUGGAUCUGACGAAAACCAUGAAAAAUUCAUCCAUGGAAGGUUCCAAUAAUCCAGUCAAACCACCAGCCAAGGCACAAGUGGUGGGAUGGCCACCGGUUCGAUCCUUCCGCAAGAACAUCAUGGCUCAAAAGAACAACGUUAAUGAAGAGUCUGAGAAUUCUAAGGCUUGCACCUUAGCAUUUGUUAAGGUUUCGAUGGAUGGUGCCCCAUAUCUUCGUAAGGUCGACUUGAAAAUGUACAAAAAUUACCAAGAACUCUCAGAUGCCUUGGCCAAAAUGUUCAGUUCCUUUACUAUGGGUAAUUAUGGAGGUGAAGGAAUGAUAGAUUUCAUGAAUAAGAGUAAGUUGAUGGAUCUGUUGAAUAGUUCUGAAUAUGUUCCUACCUAUGAAGAUAAAGACGGGGACUGGAUGCUCGUGGGUGAUGUACCAUGGGAGAUGUUUGUUGAUUCAUGCAAGAGGCUUCGCAUAAUGAAAGGAUCAGAAGCAAUUGGACUUGCCCCAAGAGCCAUGGAAAAAUGCAAGAGCAGAUGCUAA